AUGCCUGAACAACUCACGCACUACGGAAGCAGCUCCAGCAUUUAUGCGCACAGGACGGCUAUAGCCCUACUAGAGGCAAAGGCUGAGUACACCCACUAUGAGGUCGACUUCAAGAACAAGCCCGACUGGUUCGUCAACAUCAACCCCGCGGGAAAGGUGCCCGCUAUUACAUACGGCGGACCGAAGGUAGCACCAGAUGCACCUUCUCCGGAAUCCACAAAGCUCGCCGAAUCAGCCGUCCUCCUCGAGUUUAUCGCUGAUCUCUACCCAUCCUCUGGCCUCAUGCCUUUGGAUCCUAUCCAGCGUGCGAAGGCUCGCUUUAUAAUCAACUUGGUCGACACUGUUCUCUUCCCAGCGAUGCUCGCUUGGAUGAUACAGGGUGGUUCGGCAGAGGGGGUCGCUGGUGCAUUGAAGACGCUGCAAGCGCACCUCCCCGAAGCGGGUAGAGGCAAGUACGCGGUCAACGGUGACUUCACAAUCGCGGACGCAGCACUCGCACCCUUCUAUGCACGCAUUUUGAUGAUAGCCGAGAGGGGGCUGCACAAGAAAGGCAAGGAGUACGCAAGCGAUAUCUUAGUCGCCCUCGCGAGACCGGAAUUUUCCAAGGUGAAAGAGUAUGGGGAGAGACUAUUGGCGCGUCCAAGCGUGUACGAAUCCUGGGACGAGGAUAAAACCCUCGCCUAUAUGACCAAAGCGAUAAUGGGCUGAACACAAUCUUUGGUAGCCUACGGAAUCUUCAGCGUCCGCUAUAGGAGGUGUGCUCUAGCAGUAAACAUCGCUUGAUCCGACGUAUGUUCUUGUUUCGUUACGCUCCAAACGAGAGCGAAGUCUCUAAAUUUGGGGGGCAUGUAGACGCGUAGAACUUCUCCG